ACUCGGCAGCUUUUUUGGGGGGGAGUUACCAGACAGCCAUUGCGGUGUCGUGGCUCACUAACAAAACAGGCACAAAACAAGGCAGGAGACCCUGGCUGUCAGUAGACUCCCCUAAUUGGGCCGACUGGAAGACAAACCCCACUCAGCAAACCACCACCCGCCUGGACAAGCAGAUUCAACAGCUCCAGAUAUGGCGUUCAUAUUUGACUGGAUUUAUAGCGGGUUCAAUAGCGUACUACAGUUUUUAGGACUGUACAAGAAGUCGGGCAAGUUAGUAUUCCUGGGUUUGGACAACGCCGGCAAAACCACGCUACUGCACAUGCUCAAAGACGACCGACUGGGACAGCAUGUUCCCACUUUACAUCCAACUUCUGAAGAAUUGACCAUCGCUGGCAUGACCUUUACCACCUUUGACCUCGGAGGCCACGCACAAGCACGCAGAGUGUGGAAAAACUACCUCCCCGCCAUAAACGGCAUCGUCUUCCUGGUGGAUUGCGCUGACUUCACCAGAUUAGGAGAGUCAAAAACAGAACUUGAUGCGCUGAUGACGGACGAGACAAUCGGGAACGUACCCAUCCUGAUCCUGGGCAACAAGAUCGACCGAGCAGAGGCCAUCAGUGAGGAGAGACUGAGAGAAAUGUUUGGACUGUACGGCCAGACCACGGGCAAGGGCAACAUUCCCAUGAAGGAGCUGAACACCAGACCACUGGAGGUGUUCAUGUGCAGCGUGCUCAAGAGGCAAGGCUACGGCGAGGGAUUCCGCUGGCUCUCCCAGUACAUCGACUAGCGACCACCACCACCAGAGGGCGCCACGGCACACCCCUCAUCAUACUCGGCCUCAUGUUUAGUACCACCGCCUCCACAGAAACCAGUACAACUCGAACCCAAUAGACUUUUAUUGGUCGAACAUUUGGUUCUGCACUUACACACACACACACACACACACAUACACACGCCUCGUUCUUCUCUCUGCUAGAGCAAAUGUCAGAAGGCGUGUUUGUCCUCCGCUGCCACCCGUUGACGCUUUUUGAACCAUCUUCAAGGGUGGAAGAUUGUAUUCCCUUUUAUGACAUGAUAGCAGGAAAUCCAUAACUAAUAAAUGUAUGGACGUGACAGUAAGCAUAACCAUGUCCACAUUAGAAGCCAUGCCCACUUAAGCAAGUCAAAGGACCAAUAAUAAAUACUAAUGUAUGAUAGGUGGAUACUUUUAUGCAUGCCUUCUUCUUUUCCAUAUGCUUAUUAUGUUUGCGGAGUAGCAGAGGGAUGAAGAUGCCAAAAUUGACUUAAUGAGACCGUUUUUUUGUUGAAAUGGUAUUAAUAAUAUACACACUUUCUGUCCUUUUGUGUCCUUCAUUCCAGCAUAAAAGUAGGUCAGUGCGAUAUAAACGUGUAACAAUAACAAUAAAAUGUUUGCAAUGAA